GCUGACUUCUAUCAGAUCCAUAUGUUUCCAUCGAGCUGGUGUUUUUCUGAUGUUUCUGUGGUGUGCAGUUUGUCACGGGAAUACUUUGCAGUCAGCACUCUUUGAUUAUGCAGGUGUGUUAUUCUUUUCUUAGAACUUGAACUAUCACCUUUAGCAACACCCAUAGAUGCAGUUAUUUAAGUGAAAUUCUUUCAUAAAUUUAUUCAACAGAUAUUUACCAAAUUCUUGUUAUGAAUGAGGGAUUGUUAAAAGCACCUGAGAUAAAGCAUUGAGCAGUACAAGGACUCUGCCCUCAUGGAACCUUCCAGAGGAAGGAGAGAAAAAGUAUAGUGAUAGAUGCCAGAUGGUGAUGAGUACCUUAGGAGCAGAAUAAACGGGGAAGGUGUGGGGCAUGCAGGAGGAUGGGAGCCAUCGGGGCAGGCCUGGCCUUUGAACAGGUGUCUGGGAGAGAACCCUGCAGCUGCAGAGUGCAGACAGGGUCCUGCCAUGGGAUGUGCCUGCACAUUCAAGGAAUGACCAGGGCUAGAGCAGGCAGGAGAGGGCAGAAGGAUAAAACAUCAGAGAUGUGAGGACCUUUCAAGAGUUGGAGGGGCUUUCGCCUUUGUUCUGAGUUAAGGGGGAGCUGCUACAGGGCUUCGUGCAGGGCCUGAAGUCUUCAGCUUGCCUUUUCCAGGGCUCUCUCAGGUGCCCUCGUGGAGGGUUCAGGCUUGUGCUGUAGGAGGAGAGCAGUGAGGAGGCGGCUGGCAUACUUUGGGGAGAGGUGAGGAUGGUGAGGGCUCAGGUGAUGGCGGAGUCCGGGAGAAGUGGUUGCAUUCUGGAUACGUUUUGAAGGUCGUGCAGGCAGGAUUUACUGGUGCGCUGGCAUAUAAGGUACAAGCAGACCAGAGGUGUGAAGAACAACUCCAGGGUUUUCAGCUGGAAGGAAAGUUCAGCAUUACUAUUUCCUAGGGGGGCGAGAUGGUAGGAGGAGCAAGUUUGCGAGGCACAGUGCUUGUAGGGCGAGGGGUUUGAUGUCUAGGAAGCCACGUAGGGAAGGAAUUUCAGAAAGGAGGCAGUGCGCAGCUAUGCCAAGUGCUGCUAAAAUAAGAUGAAGAAUUGAGAACUGACUGUUUGACCUGACAGCGUUGGGUUAUUGGUGACUUUGUCAGGAGCAGCACACACGGCUGCUGGGGCAAGGCCUGGCCGGCUGGUGUGGGUGAAGGGCAGCAGGUAAGAGAUGCAGCAGCUCCGAUGGCAGCGGGAAGUGGACUGGGUCUGAGGUGGAUGUGGGGCCAAGAGAGGGCGUUUUGUUUUUAUUUUUAGGCUGGGAGAUAGUUGGGGUGUUUAUAUGCCCGUAGAAAUGAUCCAGGAGAGGAGCAUGCACCUCCCUGGGAUGUUUCCAGAUGAUUUACUGUGGCACAUCCAGCUUCAUCAAAAUAACAUGAUGGACACUGGGAUUCCUUUGAGAGUCUGGAGGCAGUGGGCUUCUAUUUUGAGGCAGCAUUUAAUGUGAUGUUGGCAAGUUUCCUACUUGAAGUAGUAAACAAAUAGUACUACCAAAUAGAGUGAACACUGUGAGUUUGUGCAGAGACGUAAACUGACCUGCUUGAGUCACGUGUGGAAGCCCGAGUCACCUGCCAUCUGAGGAAUGGUUGGGAACCAGAGUAGUGAGUGCAGGAGAACUUCACGAGCGCCGGCUCUUGGUCCCCAGACGGGCCAGCCAGGACACUUUGUUGAAGAUGAGGCCUGGCCACAACGCGCCUUGCAGUCUAGACCAGGCAUAGAUGUUACUUUUAUUUUUUAUUUUUUUCAAAAAUAGUAUUAGCUUCAUAGCUUUCGCAUAUUUACUGUUUCAUUAAUGUGUCCUUUUUUCUAUACUAGCAAGCAAUAAAAACACCAACAAAAAAAAAACAAAACAUUGGAGGGGUUGUUGGCCUCUUUCAGAAACAGCAGGGUAGAGAGAAACCAAGAACUGAUGGAUGUGGAAGGAAAUGAACCUGUUAAAUGAACAUAGGACUGACUGUUCCUUGGCCGAGAAAAUGGUCAUGGGGUCUCACACCCCAGGAAGCCUGUUGUCCAUACGGUCAGUGAUCAUGUUUCCCCAGACAAACUCGGGUACGUGUUCUGACGCUGAAAUAUAUUUUAGAAGCCACGACAAGGCCUGCAAAGCCCCUCCGUGGUACCCAGCUGGUCUGACAGCUCCCCAUCUGGCUGUCCUUCAAUUCUAGUGGGACCAGCUUCUUCUCACCUCAGAACAGUUGCACGUGCUGUUCCCACCGACUGGGUGCUUCUCCCCAGUUUUCCAGCUUGUUAAUUCCUGGGCAUCCUUUACAUUUCAGCUUAAAUAUCAGGACCUUUCUUGUCCCCCACCCCGCCUCCCAGCCUAAAAUUGGUUCCUCCCCAUUACCAAAAGUCUCUCGUUACAUGCUACUUUUCCUUUGUGUGACGUGAUCACACUUUGUAAUUACACGUGUGCAUGUGUGUUAACCCUGCAGGAUCCAGGCAGGUAGGGAUUGUACCUGUUGGCUCACUGUUGUAUUUCUUGCCCCUUGCAUGGUACCUGGCAUGUAGUCAGUGCUCAGUAAAUAUUUGGAUGCAUGUACAGGUGUCCCUCAUGUCUCUGUGACUCCUUGAUAGAGAGGCAGUGGGGUAUAGACUAAGGUGCCCCCCUGUGUCUCUAUAACUCCAGGGUGGUGGGGUGUGGACAGAGGUUUCCCCCACUCCUGGCUGGUGGGUAUAGUAGUUAAGGGUGCCAGCCCUGGAGCCAGACUACCUGAGUUCCAACUCCAGCUUUUACCAAGGAGCUCUGUGACCUGGGCAGGCGAUUUGCCCUCUGUGUCUCAGUGUCCCCCUCUAAAGAACAGGUGUGGUACUCAUCCUUGCCUCAUAGGGUCAUUCAGGGGAUGAAAGGAGUUAGCUGCUCAGAGAGGUGCCAGGCAUUGGCACUCAGUACAGGUCAUUAGUGGCAGCUUCAGUGAGGGGCCCACAGGAGUUAGGCUUCAUGCUCAGGGACUUACGCCACAGGGCCCUGAACCCCAGCAUCCAGGGCACCUGCGACAGCUCCUCUGUCACUGUGGUGAUGGGGGAAGGCCUGAGGGCGUGCUCACAGUGUCCUUGGUGCAGUGUCCUGUUGGAUGGCGCAAGGCUGAUAGACGUAGCUGAGACUAGCCUGCAAGUGGCUCUGCUGAAGCAGGAGGUGCAUGUUAAAUACCAGGGAGUCUUGGAAAGGAAGUUCUUGCUUUGCAGACCAGUCUAGUCAAAAGUGAGUGUGGUCCAGGCAAAGACUCAAGACCGACCAGCCCUGGGCCAAGGUCACAUCAGCCAAGACCUUGAGCAGCAUGCCACGUCAUCUACAGGAGGAGCCAGCAGCAGUGAGGGCUGGGCUCACGCAGAAGCAGAGCAUCCACGUUAGGGCCACAGCUCGCCAGCACGAGCAGGGAGAGGCUCAGAAACUGCUGUCCUUUCCCGAAGAGGACUUGUGAGGAAGAGAACCCAAGUUCAAGGAUCCUGGAUUUGAGCAAUUUAAAGUGUCAGAGAAGAUGCAUGGGAACUGGAUCAAACUGUACUUGGAGGAAAAUAAUUCAGAAGUCCUUUUCAACCUGGGGACCAAGGUUCUCAGGCAGUACCUGGAUGCUCUGAAGAACCUCAGUCUGUCCCUGAGCACACAAGUGGCCCAGUACGACAUCUACUCGAUGAUGGUGGGGACUGCUGUGGUUUUGGAGGUUCUCACCCUGCUUCUGCUCAGCAUCCCGCAGGCGCUGCGCAGAAAGGCUGAGCUGGACGUUCCGCUGUCUUCUCCGGUGUUUUCCCUGCUCUUUUAUUUGAUGUUCCUGGUUCUGUCAGCCAUUCACGUCAUCGUGUGCACCUCUGCCGAGAGCUCGUGCUACUUCUGUGGCCUCCCGUGGCUGGCGGCGUGUGGAGUGAUGGCGUUGAUCUCUGCGCUGCUCUGUGCGAUCAUGUCUGUUCUGACCAAGAUGUUCGUCCGUGGAAGUCUCCCGAGUAAGAAUCCAGCUCAUCCCAACUCAGGGUGGUCAGAGUUAGACCUUCUGAUGGUGUUUGGGACAGUGGGCCACGUCUUGAGUUUGGGUGCCAGCAGCUUUGUGGAGGAGGAACACCAGACCUGGUACUUCCUCGUGAACACCCUGUGUCUAGCUCUGAGUCAAGAAAUCUACAGAAGCUACUUUCUGAGAGAUGAUGGUGAGCCUCAGUGUUGCUUCCAUGUGGAACAAGGGUUUGCUGGUGCCACACCAGCGUUGCAGGACAGGACCGGCUGUGACACGCGGGAGCCGGACAGAGUGCACAUGAGCUCCUCUCUCUCAGAAGUGCUCAGAGGCUGUGAGAAGUGGAUGGUGCUGGCCAGUCCAUGGCUGAUACUGGCCUGCUGCCGGCUGCUGCGCUCGCUGAACCAGACAGGCGUGCAGUGGGCCCACCGGCCUGACCUCGGCCACUGGCUCACCAGCUCUGAUCACAAAGCGGAGCUCUCGGUCCUGGCCGCCCUCUCCCUCCUGGUGACUUUCACGUUGGUUCAGUGGGGCUGCUCCCCCGUGUCCAAGGCGGCCUUGGCUCUGGGGCUGCUGGGCGUCUAUUGCUACAGGGCGGCCAUUGGCAAUGUGCUGUUCCCGUGGCAGCAGGACAACAGAGACAUUUCAAAGGGUAUUAUUGAAGCUCGUUUUGUUUAUGUCUUUAUCCUUGGCAUUCUGUUCACGGGCACCAAAGACUUACUUAAGUCUCAAGUCAUUGCUGCAGACUUCAAAAUCAAGACUGUAGGUUUAUGGGAGAUAUAUAGUGGAUUAGUUCUUCUGGCAGCCUUGCUCUUUAGACCACACAAUCUUCCGGUCUUAGCAUUUAGUCUCUUGAUUCAGACUGUCAUGACUAAAUUCAUCUGGAAGCCCCUGAGACACGAUGCCGCUGAGAUUACUGUAAUGCAUUAUUGGUUCGGUCAAGCAUUCUUCUAUUUCCAGGGCAACUCCAACAACAUCGCCACCGUGGACAUCUCGGCAGGCUUCGUGGGCUUAGACACCUAUGUGGAAAUCCCAGCCAUGUUCCUGACAGCAUUUGGCAUGUACGCGGGGCCCGUGCUGUGGGCCAGCCACCUAGUGCAUUUCCUGAGCUCAGAAGCGAGCAGUGGUUCAGCACUGAGGCACGCUUGCUUCUGCUACGCGCUGAUUGGUUCUGUUCCAGUGUCUGUGUACAUCAUUUUGGUGACAUCCCUGCGUUACCACCUGUUUAUCUGGAGCGUCUUUUCUCCGAAGCUUCUCUAUGAGGGGAUGCACCUGCUCGUCACAGCUGCUGUCUGUGCGUUCUGCACGGCCAUGGAUCAGACCAGCCGCACCAAAGCUUAGACCACGCCGGACGCUGGGAAAAUAAUAGGUUUUUAAAGUCUGCUGUUUACUUCAUGGAUUUGGAUAUUGUAAAAUCUGUUUAAAUGCAAGAUCAUUCUAAAAAUGUAGAUAUGAAAUUGAUGAAUAGUUUUAAUUUCUUUGACCUCUGUGCCUGAGUUUAGAUUAAAUAGUAAGUAGUUUAAUAAAAGGUCACUUUAAAAUA